AUGGCUACGCGAACACCACCGAUGUUGCCGGUGGGAGCUGGAAAACCACCGCACAACACUAGUGGCAUAAGGCGACCCCCUGAGGGAUCCUCGACUCCGGACGGGAAGAGUGCGAAGGAAACGGUGCAGCCGAAGAAGAAAGCGAGAGCCCUGAACCUGGACGAUACGACGACCGAGGUUGAGGACGCGGCUGAAGCUGAGAUGGACACGGACAAGGAAAAGAGUACGAAACCUCCAGCCUGGGAGGGAUGGAGGGGAAAGAGUUUCAACGAAGUUGUGCAGUAG